UACAAGUUCUCCUCACUUUUUCAAUUCAGCCAAAUCGCAAAGCCUCCUCGACUUCGAAGCUUCAAACAGCUAGCUAUUCUACGUUACGUUACUACCGUACUAGUACUCGUACCACAAGCACCACCAACUAUUCUAUUAAAUUUUUUACGAAAUCGAAAAGCAAGAUGAGUUCAUCAGCACCUAUCAACGGUCCCUCCUCUUCAAGCCUUCUAUCUGAAGACUACCAACCAUGUGCUCACACAGUGAUCAUUGGUCGUGGUCGUCAAGUGAAGAACCACCCCGGGAAUCGUCGACUCCGAGACCUGGUCCAGCGCAACGCGGGUCGUUACACGGCCGCGUCGUCGACGCGCGAACUCAAGACGGAUAUCAUCGUGUCGGUCGUUUCCACUAUUCGAGCCAAGUCUAAGAUCGGAUUCGUCAAGUUCGACAAGGCCAACGGUCGUUGGUUGCAACUCGAAGAAGCCAUGGCCCGGUCGGCCGUUGGUCAAGCCUUCCGGGACCUCCUGCAAGGAUACCGUUCUAGCAAACAGAGCAAGCAAGCUAAGCGUCUUCUAGAGAAACAAGCCUCACAAGGAAUGCUUCCUCUUCAGACGGCUCACUUGCAACUGCCCUUCUCUGUCCCUCCUCCUCCAAGCCUCAACCUUCCUCGUGUCGUGUCCAUUGAUGGCACCGUACAAGCCCAAAUGCAAGUUCCACCGCAGUGCCACUCGAACUACUACGAUCCCACUUGCUUCGAACGCUUGUGCACACUCGUGGCCAUGGACGACCAGCAAGGCAAUCCCUUUGAACCAAGACCCAUUGUCGAAGCAGUCGCAGUCGCACAAGACCAGCAUUUGGCUGCAGCUGCUCGAACCGCCCGGGCUCGAGACUACGUCGCCAUGCUCCGGCAAACUUCCGUACCGGCACCUGCUUACAUCCAUCCAGAAAUGGACUGUUCCUCCGGAUCCAUUGCCGCUGUCUAAUCUCAAGCCAUCCAACGAGUGGAACAGAUACUUUAAAUGUACCGUACACGGCUGCAGGGAUACACUUGACUUCCAUAUUAUUCCAACUUUAGAAGUAAUCCAUACAUAUCAUAUAUAGUGCAUAUAUUAUUG